CGAAAACCACCCAUCCGUUUUAUUAUUCUCAGAUAUGAUUAGAUGUCCUUGGUCAUGUUUUUAUGCUACUGACCUAUAAGGAAAAAAACACACUAAAAAGGUAACAGCACAGCUAGGACCUGCAACCUCGGUACUUCUGGGACGAUCUGGAACAUCACAAGGAGAGAUUUUAUUACAGCAUAUUUACACCUCACCUGAGCCCUCAGCCCGGAUUCAUACGCAUUUCCUUCAUUGGCAGCUGUCACCAGACACUCUCCCUUCCAGAAUGGCAGACAGUCUUCCCACAGAGUUUGAUGUAGUCAUUAUAGGGACAGGUUUGCCUGAAUCCAUCCUUGCAGCCGCAUGUGCAAGAAGUGGUCAGAGAGUUCUGCAUAUUGAUUCAAGAAGUUACUAUGGAGGAAACUGGGCUAGUUUCAGCUUUUCCAGCUUGCUCUCCUGGUUGAAGGAGUAUCAGCAAAGCAGAGACGUUGGGGACAGGAGCACUGCCGUGUGGCAAGACCUGAUCCAGGAAACAGAAGGAGCUGUCACUCUCUGUAGGAAGGAUGACACCAUUCAGCACACGGAAGUGUUUUGUUAUGCCAGUCAGGAUAUGGGUGACAAUAUUGAAGAAGAUGAUGCUUUGCGGGAAAACCCUUCCUUUGCAGCAUCUAGUACCCCCGCUAACCCUUUGGACCCUGCAUGCCUGACUCAAGAAACACACUCAUAUGUUACCAGCUUCGAAAUGCCUGCCAAAGACGCUCCAAACAACGGGGGCGAAAUCUUACCAGAAGUAACUGAUAUAAGGGAAACUCAGACAAAAGAAAAAUAUUGUGGAGAUAAAACUUCUAUACACACAAUUUCAGACAGAGAUAAAGACAAAAACAAACCUAUAGUCGAAGACAGCACUGAUCAACCAAAGAGAACUAGGAUUACGUACUCUCAAAUAGUUAAAGAAGGCAGGAGGUUUAAUAUUGACUUGGUAUCAAAGUUGCUGUAUUCUCAAGGAUUGCUGAUUGAUCUUUUAAUCAAAUCAAAUGUUAGUCGUUAUGCUGAAUUUAAAAACGUCACUAGGAUUCUUGCAUUUCGAGAAGGAAAAGUAGAACAGGUGCCUUGUUCCAGAGCAGAUGUCUUCAAUAGCAAAGAACUCAGUAUGGUAGAAAAGAGGAUGCUAAUGAAGUUUCUUACAUUUUGUGUAGACUAUGAACAACAUCCUGAUGAAUACCAAGAGUUCAUACAGUGCUCAUUUGCAGAGUACUUAAAAACUAAAAAUCUAACCCCCAACCUCCAACAUUUUAUACUACACUCAAUUGCAAUGACGGAGUCAUCCAGCACUACAAUAGAUGGCCUUAAAGCAACAAAAAACUUCCUUCGGUGUCUUGGACGGUUUGGCAACACUCCGUUUUUAUUUCCUUUGUAUGGCCAAGGAGAAAUUCCCCAGUGUUUCUGCAGAAUGUGUGCAGUUUUUGGUGGAAUUUAUUGUCUUCGCCAUAAAGCACAAUGCCUUGUGGUUGACAAAGAAUCUGGAAGGUGUAAAGCCAUUAUAGAUCACUUAGGUCAAAGGAUAAAUGCUAAGUAUUUUAUUGUGGAGGACAGUUGCCUCUCUGAGGAAACAUGCUCGAAUGUGCAAUAUAAGCAGAUCUCCAGAGCGGUGCUCAUUACAGAUCGAUCUGUACUAAAAACAGACUCAGACCAGCAGAUUUCUGUUUUGACAGUGCCUCCGGUGGACCCAGGAGCAUGCGCUGUUCGGGUCACUGAAUUAUGUUCUUCAACCAUGACAUGCAUGAAAGGUACCUAUCUGGUCCAUCUGACCUGUUCAUCUUCUAAAACAGCAAGAGAAGACUUAGAAUCAGUGGUGAAGCAAUUGUUCACCCCCUAUGUAGAAGCAGAAAUGGACAAGGAAGAACUUACGAAGCCAAGACUCUUGUGGGCCCUUUAUUUUAAUAUGAGAGAUUCCUCAGGAAUCGGCAGGAGCUCAUAUAAUGGCUUACCUCCCAAUGUUUAUGUCUGCUCCGGGCCUGACUGUGGACUGGGAAAUGAGCAUGCGGUCAGGCAGGCCGAAACGCUUUUCCAGGAGAUCUUUCCAGGAGAAGAAUUCUGCCCCCCACCUCCAAAUCCAGAAGACAUUAUUUAUGAUGGUGACGACAAGCAACCAGAGGCCUCUGGAGCCAAUAAUGCAAUAAUGGCCAAACCAGAGUUCUCUGAAGGAACCAAAAACCUAGAAGGCCCAGGGAAGGACCUUCAAAAUUAGGAAAAAGGAAACUGGAAGUGCUAUUUUGGGCCUUCAUCCUAGCAUCAGAAUACUCUCAUUUAAAGGACAGUUUCUUAUAUGCAUAAUUAGAGGGGUUAUAUGAU